GGCUCGUUUCCAGUCGUCAUUACUCUGUGAGUCCGUCAUUGUGUAGUGUUGUCGUACAGUGUGUGUUUGUGUUGCACUGGGUUGUCUCAUCAUGUUUGAGUCGUGACCCGUGUGAAAGAAUCCGUUUUAAGGAGGUAGAACUCAGAAACUGUUUUUGAAAUAAAGAAUAUGCCAAACUUUUUAAACCCUAAAAUCCAAAGCCGGCUCCUGAAUGUCCCUUUGAGCUCAUGGAAGAUCUUGUUGCACCUUCUCAGCCUUGAUGACCACAGGAGCCUCCUCAGAGACUCCUCAACCUCCUGGAGGAACAUCCCAAACCCCAGAGAACCUCCACAAAACUCCUGAAACCUUCUCUGAGACAACAGGAGACAGCUCCUGGAACAUCUCAACCACCUGUGAGGAACUCGGCCCCAGAAAGCUGCUGGUUUUGUGAAACCUGUUGCGACGCUCCUGCUCGAACUGGGAGAGUUUCUGAUGAGUCGAGUUUCUAAAGUUUGUUUGUUUGUGGGAAAAAGUUUUAACGUUAAAAUGAUCAUCAUCGUCCUGCUGCUGCAGUUCACCGUUCGUCCACUAGAGAGAGCGCUGCGCCGCGCAACAGCUGCUGCAACAUCUGGCAAAGUUCACCUACAUAAGCACGCACGCGCCUCCCUCCUGUAUUUCCGUGUGAGAGAAGCAGCGCGUGAGGAUGAGGUUACUCCUGCAGAGGAGGAGCAGGAGCGCGCAUCGUACACGGAGCUGAGCAGGAGAAACACAAGGAGCGGCUGAGGAGGAGGAGGAGGAGGAGGAGGAGGAUGAAGGCGCUGCUCAGACCCGACACCGUCUAAGAUGCCACCGGACCCCGGAGCUCGGCACGCGGCUCGGACCCAGAGUAACCCGGGAUAACUUAACACAACUACACAACUACACAGCAACUACACAACAGCGAGGAGUCCCUGACCGGGACGAGCCGGAGGGAGAAGCCGGGAUCAGCGCGUCCUGAGCGGCCAGAGGAGCGCGCAGAGCCGCGGAGAGAGGAACUCAGGUAAAGGUCCUCAGCCAUGAUGCUCCCCCGGCCCCAGGUCCUGUCGGCGCUCCUCUUCCUGCUGCUGGCCGCCGGACGCUGCACGGCGGCCGCUCUGCUCAGAGGCUCCAGCACCAGGGCGGAGGGGCGUGUGGAGGGCCGCAGCCUGGUGGAGCUGGUGGGCCGGCCCCCGAGGGCCCGGACCGAGACCAGGACCGAGACCAGGACCGAGACCAGGACGGAGACCAGGACGGAAACCAGGACCGAGACCAGGACGGAGAAGACGGUGGGACUCGGCGGGAAAGAGAGAGUGAGCGGAUCACAACAUGGACUGGAGAAUCAUCCUCGAGAUCCACGGCACAAGGAGAAGUUCAUCAAACACCUGACAGGUCCUCUUUACUUCAACCCUAAGUGCAAGAAACAUUUCAACAGACUGUACCACAACACCAGGGACUGCACCGUACCUCUCUUUUACAGAAGAUGUGCUCGUCUGCUGACUCAACUGGCCAACAGCCCCCGCUGCACGGAGAGGUAGACACACGCCUCCGGACAGGUCGUGUUGCCGUGGCAACGAGGAGGGUGGAUCAUCGUAACGUUUCCCAAUGAGCAGCGGAUGUUCCCCGGCCAAUAGAAAGUCCUCUGAGGUCAUCACCUGCAGCCAAUGAGCUCAGAGAUCAUCUGUUUCCUCUUCUGUUCUUCUUUGCUCUGCUUCUCUCGUCAUCACUCGUUCAUCUCACUCGACGCGAUGCUCUGAGUCCGACGUGUGUUUCGUUCAGUCCAGAACAAAACCUGUCAAAUCAAUGUUUAAUGUGAGCAGAAGAAAACAGUUAGAAGUCCAGAGGGGGAGGAGCCUCAGAUGGAGGUUUGUUCUGUUCUUCGGACCAGAUGUUAACGAUGAUGACUCAUGUCGUCCUGAUAGUUCCGUCACGAAACCUUUUCCCUCCACGAUAAAAACCUCCUGCAUAUUUUUAUAUGGACGCAGGGUUUAUGCCAUGUACUGCAGUCAGCCACCAGGGGGUGAUGGAGCUUUAAUUUCAUCCAUCUUUAUUUACAUACAACACGUUGUGUGCAUGUCGUGGAUCCACAUGUGUGUAGAUAGUAAUCACACGUGAUUUAUGCUCAAUAGUAACUGACGGCUGCCCUCUCCUUCUCUUUUGUUAAACGGACACAGAUGAGUAGAGGAAGUGACGUGAGCAGGUCAGAGGUCAGAUCUCAGUGUGGACAGUCUGUGUGUCUCUGUGUUUGGUCUCCUCCUCCUGAGGCUCUGCAGCUGCUCCAGAUCCACUGUGUUCUCCAGAUGUCCGUUAGUGGACAGAGGCUGUUUACAGAUGUUUACAGAUGUUUACAGAUCAGACCUGAGCUGAAAGUCGCUGCGUUAAGAUUCAGACGAUGAUUCUCUUCAGCUUCAUCCCAUUCCCUCUUCUCUUUGCUCUGCUCUCUGAUCUCUUCUCGCUUCUACUCGACUCGACUAGAUUCUCUCUCCUGUGGACGUCAGCCACACUCACCUCAGCUCUGCUGGUUUCUACUGGACUCUACUGGUCCCAACAGGAAACUGAUCUGAAGCCUCUCCAGCUCGGACUGAGCCAAACAUGGAUUUGUAUUUUUCUGACGUGAACGCUGGUCUGGAGGAUGAUUCUACUGGUUUCUAUUGGAGUGUAAGCGAGUUUCGGUUGCUGCUCUGACAUCAAGAAACAAAGUUGAAGCAGAAACGUUAACGUGGACGAGCGUCUCCUUCCUGGACAGAGUUUCAGUUUUGAUGGAAACGUAAAUAACUUUGAAAGUUGACUUUGGACAAAUCCUCCGACUGGAGCACAGCUCUGCUUCUGUCGUCCUGUGGCAGAAACUCCCGAGAUGCUGAAUGUAUUUUAUGUUGCAUGAUUCAUAGCAAUAAUAAUAAUAACAUGAAUAAUAAUAAAGUUGCAGUGUAUUUAUACAGUUGAAGCUGCCGUCACGUGUGCAGAGCAGAGCCUCCUGCAGCUCUGUGUGAAAUAUGUACAUACAAAGAGGAAUAAAGUCACACGUUUGAUAUAUA